CGACAUGAGCUGUCACAUCACCGCCAAGUGACAAGGUGGCUUUCCUCGACGGUACUCAUUAGGUAUUACAGGAUGUCACGGCCAACCAUGAAGCCUCGCUUCGUUGCAAGCGCCUUACGAUUUCCACCAGUGUGGUUCUCCUCAUCUGCAUCUGCCCACGAAUUUUCCGCGAUAUCGAAUCACCCUUUCCACUUUUAGUAUCUCUAGGAGACUUCGACAGUUCGGCUCGGUAUCACAUCACAUCUAUCAAAGCAUUCGGGCCCAUGGGUCCCCUUGCCCAGGUAGAUCAGCUUAUCCCGAACUUGACUUACGAUUAUCUUCGAUCUGACUGGUGGUUGACCCUCACCUUGUAGGCCCAUGUUUUGUGGAGAUCAUCUUGGCUUGCAGAUGAAGAAAGCGAUGGGAAUUAUGUUACCAUGCGUCCUCUCGUGUUGAGCUAGACAACGAGUAAUGAAAGGGCCUAGCCACGAAAGGAGGCAGGUCACCUGGAAUGCUGGUAAGACUUGUGAUUACGGCGAUUAGGGAGAGACCACCCCUCUCCCUCCCCUGAGCCUCAAUAAAGCGCUGGCCCGGGGGUUCCUAUGUCCAACCCGCAUUGAUCAACAUUUAUUAUAAACACGUCGCGAAACCCGCCUCCCCUCUGCCAUGUUUCUGUCCCACCAUCUCCCGCUGGACUUUAGCCCUCUCCCCAGUCCUUCCUCCCUCGCAUAUCCCUUCCAAAGGACCCGGGAAAGAUAAACGAGGAAAGAUGAGUCUCGCGAUCACUUCUACCGCCCUUCUCGGCAUCCUGGGGCUUGCCUCCGCCGGUGGUUGCCCCUUUGCCGACCCUGGUGCUCUUCGCGCCCGCGCAGACGCUCCUGUCGUCGACGGACCCUUGCUAGAUGCCGCGGUAGAUGACAGCACUGGGUUCUUCACCGAUGACGUGGGUGGUCAGAUCCAAGAACAAGACAGUCUCAGGGCAGGCGAGAGGGGUCCUACCCUCCUAGAGGACUUCAUCUUCCGCCAGAAGAUCACCCAUUUCGAUCACGAACGUGUUCCCGAACGAGCAGUCCACGCCCGAGGCGCUGGAGCCCACGGCACCUUCACGAGCUAUGGCGACUGGAGUAACAUCACGGCCGCCUCAUUCCUAAGCAGCGCCGGCAAGGAAACUCCGGUCUUUGUGCGGUUCUCUACCGUAGCCGGAUCACGUGGAAGCGCGGACACUGCCCGUGAUGUGCACGGCUUUGCCACAAGAUUUUAUACCGACGAAGGCAACUUUGAUAUUGUGGGGAAUAAUAUCCCCGUGUUCUUCAUCCAGGAUGCUAUCCGGUUCCCUGAUCUGAUUCACUCGGUGAAACCGAGUCCCGAUAGCGAGAUUCCCCAAGCGGCCACUGCCCACGACUCGGCCUGGGAUUUCUUUUCUCAACAACCAAGCACGCUCCAUACCCUGUUCUGGGCUAUGGCCGGCUUCGGCAUUCCCCGAAGCUAUAGGCACAUGGACGGCUUCGGAGUUCACGCGUUCCGUCUCGUCACGGACGAUGGGGCCUCUCAGUUCGUCAAAUGGCACUGGAAGACGAAGCAAGGAAGGGCCAGCCUGUACUGGGAAGAGGCCCAGGCUCUCGCCGGCAGGAAUGCGGAUGCUCAUCGGCAGGAUCUAUUCGAUGCCAUUACGUCUGGAAACGGCCCCGAGUGGGAGCUUGCUGUCCAGCUUGUCGACGAGGACAAGGCCCUCGCCUUCGGAUUUGACCUGCUGGAUCCCACCAAGAUCAUCCCCGAGGAGCUUGCGCCACUCCAGAAGCUUGGUGUCAUGAAGCUGCACACGAACCCAACAAAUUACUUCGCCGAGACUGAACAAAUCAUGUUCCAACCUGGCCAUAUUGUAAGGGGGGUGGACUUUAGCGAGGACCCGUUGUUGCAAGGCCGCAUCUUCUCCUACCUCGACACUCAGCUAAACCGCCACGGCGGCCCCAACUUUGAGCAGCUCCCCAUCAAUCGGCCCCUCAUCCCCAUUCACAACAAUAACCGUGACGGAGCUGGCCAGAACUUGAUCCAUAAGAAUAUCUACCCAUACACGCCCAACACGUUGAACAGCGGCUUCCCAGAGCAGGCAGACCAGAGCCGGGGCCGGGGUUACUUUGCAGCACCCUCACGCAGCACGACAGGCCGAUUGGUGCGCGGGUUGCCGUCAUCCUUCGACGAUCACUGGUCGCAGCCACGGCUGUUCUACAACUCGCUGACGCAAGUGGAGCAGCAGUUCCUCAUCAACGCCGUCCGGUUUGAGACGAGCCUGCUGCAGUCAGAGGCUGUCAAACGCGCAGUUCUCACGCAGCUCAACCGCAUCAGCAACGACAUCGCAGCCCGCGUCGCGUCUGCGCUCGGCCUCGAGGCGCCGGCCCCCGAGGACACGUACUACCACGACAACACGACGGCGGGUAUCAGCAUCGUCAGCGAGCUGCUCCCCACCGUCGCGACCCUGAAGGUCGGCAUCCUGUCGACGGUGUCCGCGGGAAACGGCGCCGCGGCUGCCGAGCAGGCCGCCGCCCUGAGGGAGCGCCUCACGGCCGAGGGCCUCGUGCCCACGGUCGUGGCGGAGCGCCUGGCGCCGGGCAUCGACAAGACGUACUCGACGGCGGACGCGACCGACUUCGACGCUCUGGUGGUGACGUCGGGCGCGGACGCGGAAGGGCUGUUCGCCGCCUCGUCGCUCUCGCCGCUGUACCCGCCGCUGCGGCCGCUGCAGAUCACCAGCGCCGCCUUCCUGUACGGCAAGCCGGUGGGGUACUUCGGGGGCGAGGCGCCGAGCGAGCCGCUCGUGGCCGCGGGACUCAACCCGCGGGAGGGCGCCGACGGCGUGUACGCGAGCGCGGACGUCGCGCAGCUCGUCUCGAGCGUGGCCGAGGGCCUGAAGACGUUCAAGUUCACCGCGCGGUAUCCGCUCGACGAAGCAUGAGCGAGCAAGAUCGCGAGGCGAAGAUUGCGGGCGGGGAGGGGUCGUCGUGUCUUCAAAAAGGAGCCGUCUCUGUACCUUUACUUCGCUUCACCGCUCGACUAGGCCGGGCGGCGUGCCGGUGGGCGAGUAUGCUGUCCCGUGUAUUAAGUCGGACGUAAUGUAUAUGCACGUGUUUAUACGAAUUGACAGUACUAAUUUAA